CCUGCUGCAGCCCCUUCACCUGGACGACAGAAAGAGGCCAGGAGAUGCCGAGAGCCAGUGAGAAGGAGAGCUGGAGAGACAGAGACUGACUCCUGAGGAGAGGUGGCCAGGAGCUGAGAUGGAAGAGGCGAGGCCACAGAUGGCCAAGGUGUGGGGUGGCCAUGUGAAGAAAGAACCAUGAACCAUGGCCAUGUGAAGAAAGGCCAUGAACUAUGGUCCUCCAUGUGAAGAAAGAAGUUGGGGGCCUUUCUCACGGCUCUCUGUGCACUGACCACAAGGGAGGCGCUUUUGCAAUGUAGAAAAAGAAGAAACCAGAUUGAUAAAGGAAGUGCUGGGUACUCCGGGGGCCCGCGAGUUUGGGGAAGCUCACCCUCCCUUGCUCUUCCGAAGGAACCUGAUCCACGCUUUCCACGUUCCUCUGGACUCCCCGAGGAGGCACCUCUGUAGGGCCUGCCCUCUGGCCUUGACAGAGCUGCUUGGCUUCUCCUCUCCUGGGAGGAGAGUGAGGCAAUGGGUCCGUCCCUGCUGCUGUCCCUGCUGCUGCUGCCGGCAUCUCUGCAGGCUGGCAGCUCAAAAGAAUGCAAUCCAAACACUGACUUUGGGGUCAACCAACCAGCGUCUCUCUCAGCCCCCGAGGGUGGUUCCACCUGCAUCUCUUUCUCCUACUUCCACUGCUGGGAGUUAGCCAAGGAUCCCAGACUGAGUACAGCCGUCAGACGGAGAGACUUCCAUGGAGAGGUCAUCUACAACAGUACCCAGCGUUUUAUCCAUAAGGAUUACAAGAACCGGAUCUCCCUGGACUUGAGAGAGGGUCAGAACUCCGGCACCCUGUGUAUACGGAACCUGCAGAAAAAAGAUGAGAAUAGGUACUUUUGCCGGGUCCAAGUGGAAACGCUAAGAGACGGCAAACAGGUGUGGCAGUCCAUCCCAGGGACCAAACUCACCAUUACCAACGACGCUGCCCAGGCGACCACCAAGGGCACCACCACCGCAGCCACCAUCACAGCUGACCUCAAUGUCGUAAAGGACAAUGGGAGCUCAGCAUCUUCACCCCUGAGUGUAGGAGCUGCAGUCGGGGUGGCACUGGCUGGUGUUGUGCUCAUAAUAGCAGUUUUGGGACUGAUUGUCUUCCUCAGGUGGAAGAGAAGCAAAGGUCUGCAGACUAAAGCCAGAACCGUAGCCGGGGAAUCGGUCCAAAACACUGAGGAGAAGUAUGAGAACAUCGGGAUUACAGGGUGAAGCCCAGGAUGACGGUGGCAUCCUCUAUGCCUCCCUCACCCUCUCCAGCUCAUCACCGGCAGCGCCCCCCUGCACCCCUUCCAAGGAGAGCCCGCAGGAGACCCUGUAUUCUAUCGUAAAGGCCCAG